UUUUUUAUAAGCUGAGGAAAUGGAGGGGCGAUCAGCUUCUUCCUCUUUCCUUCUUCUACGCAGGAGCUUUCUCGACUCUCACAGUCUCCCGUCUUUGAAGCCGUCGCCUUUGACUUCCUCUCGCUUUCCGAGAUUGCGGGUCUUCUUCUCCUUUCGAAUCUGCUCUGUUUUUCAAUAAAGGCGCGGUCUUUGUUCGAAUCGAGGAGGAGAUUCGGGAGAGAAGGGGAAGAAAAUGAUGAAGGCGAGGGUCAAUGGAGGUGCGGAGAAGAGGGUGUCGACGAGAUGGAUCAUUUUGCUUUGCGUCGCGAGCUUCGGCCUCGGAAUGCUAUUCACUGAUAGGUUUCCGGAUUUGAAUAAACGGGUAGAUUCGAACAAACAGAUGAUCUCGCAGGGGAGGAAGGAGCAGGAGCUCCAUGUUGUAUCGGAAGAUUGCGCGACUAGGAAGAAGGUUGAUCUUGACAAGGAUGUAAUGGGGGAGGUCACGAGAACCCAUGAAGCCUUACAAUCUUUGGAUAAGACGAUAUCAACGCUACAGAUGGAGCUGGCGGUAACCAGAAGCUCUCAUGAGCUUACAGGCUCUAAUGGGUCUCCAACCAUUACAGCUUCCAGCCAGCAGAAAAAGAAGGCUUUUAUUGUUAUUGGGAUCAAUACAGCAUUUAGUAGCAGGAAGAGGCGUGAUUCUGUCAGAGAUACCUGGAUGCCUCAAGGUGAGAAGCUAAAAGAACUCGAACGGGAGAAGGGCAUCAUUAUCCGGUUUAUGAUUGGCCACAGCGCUACGUCGAAUAGCAUUCUCGAUAGGGCAAUUGAUUCCGAAGAAGAACAACAUAAUGACUUUCUGAGACUGGAUCAUGUUGAAGGGUAUCAUGAAUUAUCUGCAAAAACAAAGAUAUUCUUUUCCACAGCAGUUACUCUUUGGGAUGCUGAAUUUUAUGUCAAGGUGGAUGAUGAUGUCCAUGUAAACUUAGGUAUGCUAGCCGCAACUCUCUCUCGCCAUAGGUCCAAACCAAGGGUCUACGUCGGGUGCAUGAAAUCUGGUCCAGUUCUCUCAAAUAAGAAUGUAAAGUAUCACGAGCCCGAAUACUGGAAAUUUGGCGAAGAAGGGAACAAAUACUUCCGCCAUGCGACCGGCCAGAUCUACGCCAUCUCGAAAGAUCUGGCAACCUUCAUUUCUAUAAACCAGCCUAUACUUCACAAGUAUGCAAAUGAAGAUGUUUCUCUUGGUGCAUGGUUUAUUGGGCUUGAUGUUGAACAUAUUGAUGACAGGAACAUGUGCUGUGGAACUCCUCCAGAUUGUGAAUGGAAGGCUCAAGCAGGGAAUGUGUGCGUGGCAUCAUUUGAUUGGAGCUGCAGCGGCAUCUGCAAGUCUGUGGAGAGAAUAAAGGACGUGCACGCUCGUUGUGGGGAAGGAGAUGGAGCUGUGUGGGGAGCUCUCCUCUGACCGACCUCCAUUGUUUCUUACUGCUGUUACUGUGUUCUUGUAUUGGGGACGACGAUUCUCACUCUCUCGCUGGGUCUCUACAGCUUCGAGACUCG